AUUGCAUUGCAGCCAAAUUGAUUGAUGAUUAGAGUGUCUCCACUUUUCCUUUCCCGUUGUUUUUUCGUUCUUCCACGCACCGGCCAGCUCUGCCAAACUUCUCGUAUAUAGUAGCUAUAUUUCUCCUCGUUCACAUGAGAAUUGAGACAUGACCACACCGCCAACACGUACCGGUGGCCGCUUCCCUUCCCUUCCAUCCAUCUUCCAUCCUGAGCUCUGAGAGCUCGAUCCUUCUUUUCUUCUUCGUAAUUGCUAGCUAGCUCUCCAUCACAAUUCAUUCACAUACUACAGUACAGCAGAGCAGAGCACAGCACUACUCAAAGAGUGAAGAGAGAGAUGCAUAAUCCUGGCUUAGUUGCGCUGUACAUCACCAUCUGCUCCGUCCUCUUCCUCCUCUCCAAGAUGCUCAUCUCCUUCCUCCUCUACAAGAAAUGGGCGCGGAAGAAGAGGAUCAUCGACAACAGCCUAGCCGGCGGCGGCAAGAUGGUCAUCUUCCGCUCCGCCACCAUGGCCAUGCCGCAGUCGCUCACCCCCAAGUCCUUGCUCGCCAUGCUCAUGGGACUCUCCACCAAGGACGUGAUCGGCGCCGGCGGCUACGGCACCGUCUACCGCCUGCGCCUGGACGACAAGACGGCCUUCGCCGUCAAGAGGCUCAACCGGGGCACCGCCGAGAUGGACCGGGGAUUCGAGCGGGAGCUGGACGCCAUGGGCGACAUCAAGCACCGCAACGUCGUCCCGCUCUGCGGCUACUACGCAGAAACGCACUUCAACCUCCUCAUCUACGAGCUGAUGCCCAACGGGAGCCUGGACCAGGCGCUGCAUCAUCAUCUGCAACUGCAAGCGAGCCGCCUCGACUGGCCUGCUCGCUACCGGAUCGCCGUGGGCGUUGCUCGCGGCCUCUCGUACCUCCACCACGACUGCAUCCCGCACGUGAUCCACCGCGACAUCAAGUCCAGCAACAUCCUCCUGGACCACCACAUGGAGGCGCGCCUCUCCGACUUCGGCCUCGCCACGCUCAUGAACCCCAGCGCCAGCCACGUCACCACCCUCGUCGCCGGCACCUUCGGCUACCUGGCGCCCGAGUACUUCGACACCGGCAGGGCCACCACCAAGGGCGACGUCUACAGCUACGGCGUCCUCCUGCUGGAGCUGCUCACGGGGAAGAGGCCCACCGACGAGUCCUUCCUGGAGAACGGCACAAGGCUCGUCACCUGGGUCAAGGAGACCAUGGAGGAGAAGCGGGAGGAGCACGCCAUAGACGAGGCUCUGCUCAAGCUGCACCACCACCACUUACCCACCGAGGAAGUCAGGUUGGUCUUCUCCGUCGCCGACAGGUGCCUCGACGCUGAUCCCGCAAACAGACCAACCAUGGCGCAAGUUGUCAAGAUGCUGGAGCAAGGCAAAAACACCACCCACCACCACUCAUCAACGUCACCGCCACCACCACCAACUGCAGACCAUCCUAUUCUUAAUCCUAUAUAGGAGUAUUGAUCUUCCUCUUCCUAUGUACAGUAUGUAGCUCUCUCCAUGCAUAUAUGGGUUAAUAAUAAUUAACGUACGUAGAGGUACUGAGGUAGGAUUCAAUAUAUACAUCAUGCGUUUUUGAUUAAUUAAUUUAA